AUGGAAUGCAAUAAGAAUUUCAACGCUAGGGAUAAUGACAGUGCGGCUGAUGCCAAUUGUGCUCCAGCCCCUUCUCGUCCUAUCAAGCCGUCAUUUUGGACACAGUGCAGUGCUUGCCACGUGAAGUUUGAAUACUUACUCUGCUACUCAAACAAGCUACUUCGCUGCCGCAAUUCCAACUGUCGUAAACCCUUUGUUGCUAUCGAGAUUGCACCUCCACCAAUGGAGGGAAAUGGUUCAUCUCCUUCAAAAGCUUUCUUUGAAGCACAACCAUUUCCAAAUAGAAUGAGAAACAAUGUUUACGCAUUAGUUGGAAGGCAGACUUCUCCUACCAAUGCUGGUUCAACAAGCUUCUCGGGUAUUCAUUUGCCCGAAAAGCUUGCUUCUUCAGAUGGUACAUCAAUUAAAUUUGUGAGUGAUAAAGGUGCCCUUGCUCCUGCAUCAUAUUCUCCUCCCUCGGGCGUGCUUGAGCCUAUAGUUUGGCAUCGGAAGAGGGAUCGUGAGGAGGCAGCAACUACAGUCAAAGAGAGGUGCUCAGGGAUGAUUCAAAGGUUGAAAGCUGGUAGUGGUUCGGUGGGCAUGUCUUCAAAUGUUAAUUCCCUAGAAAAUGAAGGGAUUAAAAAAAGUCAAGUUGGGGAAGGUGGCAUGAAUAAGAAAGUCACAGAGGAUGCUAGCCUUGCCGCAUUUGCAAAUGGUAGAGGACUUGGCUCAGGAAGUACAUCUGGAUCCCGAAAGAGGAGAUUGGAGGAUAAGAGAAGGGUUAAUUUCGGCGUGAUUAAUCAGUUCAAUAGCUUGAGAAAUUUAUCUCGUAUUGAAACACAAAAGAUGUUAAUAUGUAAAGCAAAGAAGGAAAUUUUUCAGAAGAUCAAUGAGUGGAGUAAUGGAAAGGUGACGGAGGGGUACGGCGAAGAGCAGAAAGCUCCUCCAAAUGGUGCGAAGACAAUUGCAGUUAAGCAUAAGAAGCCCAUAGAUGGUAAAGACAAAGUUCAUUUGAAAAAGCCUUCCCCUGCCAUUUCUAAUGUUGAAACUGAAGCGGAGAACUUUGUCUUCAAGCAAAUGCUUAUAGCCCCAGAUUUUCAUGAUUUCGACAAUGAUCGGACGGAGGUUUCAUUUGCUAAUAAUCAAGUUUGGGCUGUUUAUGAUGAUGAUGACGGGAUGCCCCGUUACUAUGCUCUGAUCCACAAUGUCAUAACAUUGAAACCGUUCAAGGUGUGCAUUAGUUGGCUUGGUUCCAACAGCAACCAAGAACUUGGCCCUAUACCUUGGGUUAAAUCUGGAUUUGCCAAGACCUGUGGGGAUUUGCAGGUUAGGAAAUCUGUUGUUUAUGGCACCCUUAAUGCUUUCUCUCAUACGAUGAGGUGGACGAAAGGCACAGGGGGCUUAAUUCAGAUUUAUCCCUUGAAGGGAGAUGUUUGGGCUUUGUACAGUAACUGGACAAAUAAUUGGAAUGAGUCCACUCCAAAUGAAGUGAAACACAGCUAUGACCUGGUUGAAGUGAUUGAAGACAACAACGAGGACCGUGGUAUAACCGUUGCUCCACUCACCAAAGUUUGUGGGAUGAAGACUGUGUUUCGAAAGAAUUCAGAUCCAUGUAAAUUAUGGACGGUUCCAAGAGAGGAAAUGUUCCGGUUCUCUCAUCAGGUCCCCGCUCACUUGCUUACAGGUGAAGAAGGUGCGGAUGCUCAUAUUGGAUGCUGGGAGCUUGAUCCUGCAUCCACAGGGAGCUGUUGA